AUGAUAAGAGCAGCAGUAGUUCUAGUAGGCCUGGCGGUCCCUGCGUCAGCGCGCGAUUGGCUGUCGAGCGAGAAUCAGGCACUCAAGUUGCCAGUUUGGCCUACUUCAGUUGAGAAGGUGCUUCUUUCGGAGGAACCAACCCCCGAUGAUUUCACUGAAGAAUUCGAAAGGGGAUCACCCGUUUCAAAUAUGUUGCCUGGAUUCACCACCUUGGAAAACUACCCGAAUCCAAUGAUCAACACAAUGGCGUGCAGAAGAUGGGGCAUGGAAGUUUCCUACGUCUGUGACCCAGAUCACGUCUUCUCAAGCGCCACACUCGACAGGAUCGAAGAGCGCCUGUCCAAUAUCCGCCACAGCUCCUCCCACCGUUGUGUCGACGAAUACGUCUCUUACCCAUUCGCUGUUGCGAUUGUUCAAGAGCUUCCAUACGGCGUCGAUGCGAACACUUUCGCAACGGAACUCAUUGACCGUUGGGGACUUGGACACAGCAAGUGCCACGACGGCCUUCUAUUGCUCUACGUUGCCUCCGAUGGGGGUGCUUCGCUGAAGUGGUAUGUUGUUUUACUGGAAGCCAUAUUGAAUGCCAUUGAUUCAACUAUUUUUCUUUUCAGGAAGAAAGGCACGUAA